GUGAAAUUUCAUCGUAUAACGAUACUGUUUAACGAACAUGGAUUGGAAGCUGCUGUGGAUUUUCGGAUGUACUGUUUUGUUUUCGGUGUAUGGCAUUGAAGAGCCAAGGGCUAGCUCGUAUGUGUAUAGAAGUUUUGAUUCAGUUCCAAGCCACGUGGUAUAUUUAAGACCUGCACGGGCAAGACUCUCAUUUCCCUCAUCGGACAAGCAUGCAGCAAUAGAAAUAAAAGCUAAUUUAAGACAUGCCGGAGACAGUAGUGAAGAAAGUGGAACAACUGACGAUAGUGCAGAAGCUGAAUCGAAGGUGUUAAGCUUAAAAGGGUCUAGAGAAUUCGUCGAAUCGGAGGAAGCAUUUGAUGAACAUCAUAACUCAAAGGAUGGAACGAAAAAUCGUCACGGUUUCAACAAGCAGCAUAACUUGAAAAAAGAAAGCAAAGGCAGUCACGGAAAGGAGAAUCAUUCCCAUUCCUAUGCGAAAGAAGGAGAAAAGGAUAAAUCCCACCACGAUGAAGAUUCUUAUCAGCAAAAUCACCACGAUAAAGAGCAUCAUACCCGAGGAGGCAAGCAUAGUGAAAAGAAACACCACAAAAAGGGAUCAAAGACCACUGGGUACCACAAUGUGUAUCACAAGGACGAAUUCAAGAAAGAGCACAUAUUUUACGACACUGCUGAUCACUCUGGAUCGUUCAGAAAGUACGGAUCCUCGCACAAAGAACAGUCUGAUGAUAACGGGGAGUAUGCCAAUGGUGGACACAAGGAGGAAUCGCGUACAAAGAAAAAACAUUCCCAAAAGGGGUACUCGACAGACGGAAAGUACGAUAGUAAUCAUAAUGAGUUCAAAAAAGAUCGGAAGGAUACAAACGAUUACCGGCAUCGGUCAGAGUUUAAAAACGAGAAUAGACAGUUUGGGUCAAAUGAGCAUGGAUACAAAAUUUAUCAUCAAUAAGUUUUUUUUUGUAAGGCUAUGUAAACUAAAAUCUUUUAUUUAUACAUUUUUUAAAUUAAAUUAAAUUGUCUAUGUAUAAAGCUUUUCAUUGAAAAAAAAAAUCAAAUGGAAAUGACUUGAAGACACGUUGAGCGAUUGAAAUUAACUUACUUUAUCAACAUUCGCUGUCUUUUUCUCUUUUGUCUCUAUAAAAUUAUCUGCCUCUAUCACAUUUGUAUAGAUUUAUUUUCAUCUCAUUUCAUUUCAAUAUCUUGGGCAUUUUUAUUACCGUACAGUUGAAGUGUCACAAAAAAAUACAGGUAGAGUUAAUUGAUAAAAAAUAAAACAAAAAUUAACAAAAUGAAAACCUGGCAUAAUUUGUUCUAUUUAUAUGUACGACCAGCCUGAUUUCAAAAAUCUAAAACUUCCAGAAUGUUCACUGUUACAAAGAAAUUAGGAAUUGAAAAUCAAAGAGAUGAGAAAAAUUCCAUUAAAGAAUUAUUCUAACUUUCGAAUGUAGCAUGAUAAUCAGUAUACGAAUUUACUGGAAAAUAUUCUCAAAGAAGAUAAAUUUUUAUAGGAUUGGUCUGUCAUCUCGAU